CAUGCCUCCAAAGCAUUCAUCUACAUCAGUGGUGUCCAGGGCCCGCGGCAGAGAGACUUCUCGGACACUUGCUCACGCCAGUCUGUGAGAGUCUUACGGGACACCCACACCAAACAAUUCGCCGUACACCUGUCGGAAGGACGUCUCUCUGGCCAAGCGCCAGUCAGAGUACCACUCAGAUUUAAUUACGGUUUUGGGAGCGGCAGCCACGCUGCUGCUUGCUGUUACCACGGCAGGCAGGCGGGGCUCGGGGGUGUAGCAUGCCGGCGCACGCGGCCCCUGUUUGCAAAGAGCGCCCGGUCGGGGUAGUGGUGAGCGGCGCGGCGGCUGCGGUUAGUCGAGCGCCAGUACCGGUCCGCACGGGUAGCGUGCUGUUUGCAGCAGGCGACCAGUCGUUUGGUCGGCUGUCUGACCACAAACUGCUGACCGCUGACCACUGACUAUUGACUGCUGGCUACUGACUGCUGAUACCCAGCCUGCUAAGCGGCUCACCUCAGCCUUCAGAGAGAAGAUCGCCCACCAGGGACACUGCCAGAGAGCGUCAAACCGGUACCGAUCUUCAAGAUGGCGACGCCCACGGCGGCGGCCGGCUCGGCGGAGCACCUGGGUAUCAACGUGGAGGAGCUGAUCACACGGUUCUCGGCGCUCGACUACGCCGUGUUCGGCAUGCUGCUGGCGCUGUCACUGGCCAUUGGCGUCUACUUCGGCCUGUGCAAACGCCAUGAGAUGACGGACGCCGCCGGCUACCUGCUCGGAGGACGGAACAUGGGCGUGCUGCCAGCCGCCAUGUCACUCAUAGCCAGUUUCAUGUCGGCCAUCACGCUGCUCGGCACGCCAGCCGAGGUGUACCAGUACGGCACGCAGUACAUCGUCAUCGGCUUCUCCUACCUCCUGGUGAUGCCGGCCGCCGCCUACCUCUACAUGCCCGUCUUCUUUGACCUGCAGCUGAUCUCGGUGUAUGAGUAUCUCGAGAGACGAUUCCAUCGAAUGGUUAGAACCCUGGGUGCGAUUCUCUUCUGCAUACAAAUGAGUAUUUACAUGGCAAUCGUUGUGUACGCUCCAUCGCUGGCGCUGGCACAAGUGACGGGAGUGAGCGUCUACCUCUCCGUAUGUCUCAUCUUCUUCGUCUGCAUUUUCUACACGGCGCUGGGCGGGAUGAAGGCGGUGCUGUGGACCGAUACCAUCCAGAUGAUCAUCAUGUUCGGCGCCAUGCUGGCCAUCAUCAUCAAGGGCUCGCUCGACGUCGGAGGGUUCGGCAGCGUCUGGCACGCGGCCGACGAGGGCGAACGCCUCGAGUUCCUCAACUUUGACCCGAGCCCGGGGGUGCGUCACACUGUGUGGACGCUGGUCGUGGGAGGUUACUUCACCUGGGUCACCAUCUACGGUGUGAACCAGGCUCAGGUGCAGCGCUACCUCUGCGUGCCCACCAAACGAAAGGCAGCGCACGCCAUCUGGAUCAACCUGCUCGGCCUGCUGUUCCUGCUGGUCGUCUGCAGUUACGCCGGGCUGGUGAUUUACGCCAAGUAUCGCACGUGUGACCCUCUCACCUCUGGCUCCGUGUCAACCUCCGACCAGCUGUUUCCGCUGUUUGUGAUGGACACAAUGGGAGAGAUUCCCGGCGUGCCGGGACUGUUUGUGGCCGGAAUAUUCAGCGGCGCGCUCAGCACUGUGAGCUCGGGCAUCAACUCUCUUGCGGCCAUCACGCUGGAGGACUUCAUCAUCCCCAACAGGAAGGAGCCCCUCUCGCACGAGCGGCAGGCACUCAUCACGCAGGUUCUGGCCGUCGUCUUCGGAAUUCUGGGAUUCGUCCUGGUCUUCGUAGCUGAACAGCUUGGAGACAUUCUACAGGCAGCGCUCAGUCUAUACGGAAUGGUGGGAGGUCCUCUUCUCGGACUUUUCACCCUUGGGAUGUUUUUCCCCUGGGCUAAUUAUAAGGGCGCCAUGUCGGGAGUCUUCUCCGGGCUGUUCGUCAUCUUCUGGAUCGGAGUCGGCUUCCAGGUGGAGAAGGCGUUCGGCAGGAUCCACAUCCCCAAGCUGCCCACCUCCAUCGACGGCUGUCCGCGGUAUAACAGCACUGAGGAGGACGUGCUAGACCUGGGGACCACGCCGGUGACGGGCCUGACGACCACAGAGGAGCCGGAGCUGGAGCACGCAGCCGGCCCGUACUACAUGUCGUACAUGUGGUACUCGACGGUAGCCUCUACCGUGGUGGUGGUGGUGGGCAUGCUGGUUAGCCUCGCCACGGGAGCGCAGGACCCUCGUCGGCUCGACCCUCGCCUCAUCAUACCGCUGGGUGACAAGUUCAAGUUCCUGCCGCAGCGCUGGAGGAAUUUCCUCAACUUCGAUGUCGGCAUCAACUACGGCAAGAGUGAUAAAACUAUUGAGCUGGAGACCAACGGUACAGCAGACGUGGGCCUCGAUAAUCCAGCAGUGGAAGUCGACUGAAACAGAACUGUUCGUGAUGUGAGAAUGGCAAUUGUAGUUCAAUAGUUUGAUACACAAGACAAGAAGGUGAAAAACUGAUGUACUGCAUGAUAAUGCACGGUGCAUCAUCUGCACGCUGCAGAGAAAGUUGUGUAUCACAUAGACAAUGAUGUACCGCUUAUGCAGCGUGUCGUUUCGUAGAAUACCUGGCUUGGUGAUGUUAACUUGUCGGGAUUGCGUUUUGUUUUUGUCAAGCAGUGAAUUUGGAAGUGUUCUGCGCAAAAGGAAAUGCCAAUUAUGGCUUUGAUUGACGUCUGUGUCGUGAAAUGCUCACUUUAUCAACUAAGCUGUUUGCGUAUUAUGCAAUCAACUAUCUUUUGAUGAAUUGGAUGUGAGUGUGAAUUGAAAAGGCAUCCAACCCUUGUUAUAGCUAAAGCUUGAUAGAUGAUGACUUGUUGAUAAUUGAUAGAUAUUUACUGCGAUAGCUUCAGGAACUGUGAGCUUCGGAAUUGUAAGUUUCGGUAUCAGAAUCUCGUGUGCUACAGCCAUUUGUAUGGUUUUAUGGAGUGAUGCGGUACAAAUAAAUUGUACAUCGUACAUACAGCCAA